AUGGAGGGCUUCGACGAGGAAGCUUUCAAGAAGUUCUUCCCAACGAGCUUCGGAAAGCAGGAAAAGAAAGCGGAUAUUAAUGCGCAAAUCGACCAGACCAAACGCGCCGUCGAGCCGGAUAGCGGCCAUGAGGAGACGAAACUGAUUAGCGACGUCGCUGGUGAUGCUGGCGUACAGUCUGACGACGAAAGCGAUGAUAUCGGACCUGCAGGGCCUGGCGCCAAGAGCAGCGAUAAUUCAGACGACUCGGACGAUGACUCGGACGACUCUGACGACUCGGACGAGUUCCCGGUAUCCCACGAGCUGGUGAUGAAAACGCAUGAGCGCGCAGUCACCACCAUCACCGUUGACCCUUCAGGAUCGCGAUUGAUCUCCGGAUCCACCGACUGUACGUUAAAACUCCACGACUUCGCUUCCAUGACACCGUCAACGAUCCGCUCCUUCAAGUCCGUCGAUCCCUCCGCGAAAAAGACAUCGGCGGCGCAGGAAACACAUGCGGUACACUAUGCGGCGUUCAACCCCAUCUCUCCAGCCUAUGUUCUCGUCGUCUCCGCUACACCGCAGCCGAGGAUACUCGAUCGUGAUGGCGAAACAGUUACCGAGUUUGUGAAGGGUGACAUGUAUCUGAGAGACAUGCACAACACCAAGGGACACAUAUCAGAAGUGACCAGCGGCGUUUGGUCUCCAAGCAACGAAAACCUGUGCGCGACUGCGGGAACAGAUAGCACAGUGCGGAUAUGGGAUGCCAAUAUUGGUCGGUCGCAGAAGGAGGUGAUUAUGCACAAGUCGAGGGCUGCUGGAUCCGCUGGUCGGAGCAAAAUGACGGCAGUCGCUUGGGGCUCUCCGAAGCAGGGCGGUGCAGAUGUCCUUGUUGCUGCUGCUCUUGACGGUAGUCUGAUGAUGUGGAGCGGUAACGGGCCCUAUACCCGGCCCAGUGCUGAGGUUAGGGAUGCUCAUACACGGGAUACAUGGACAAGUGGAAUUGAUAUUAGUGCUGAUGGAAGGCUUGUUAUUACCAAGGGAGGGGAUGAUACUAUCAAGCUAUGGGAUACGAGAAAGUUUAAGCAACCAAUUACAACUGUUGCGCACCCCUCCAGCUCCUCGCGGUACCCGACCUCAAACAUUAUCUUCUCACCUACCUCGGCAAAUGUCGUGACUGGAUCGGAAACAGGACAUCUACACAUCCUGAACCCGGCGACGUUGAAGCCUGAGUUGAUCACCCCCGUUACGCCAGGAUCCCCCUUGAUCACAGUUCAAUGGCACGAAAAGCUCAACCAGAUUCUCACCGGAUCCGCCAACGCGGAGACUCACAUAUUAUAUAACCCCAAUAUGUCAACAAAGGGCGCUGCCCUCGUUAUGUCCAAGGCGCCCAAACGCCGCCACAUCGACGACGACCCAACCCUGACUAUGAACCUAUCCCAAGGUAUCUCCGGAGAUUCAGUGGUAGUCGGAUCGAACGGCGUACCGCACUACAGCUCGGCAACCUGGUCCGCGCGACACCCUACCAUCGGACUGACGGCCUCGGGCCGUUCAAGAGACCCCCGCCGGCCUCACCUGCCGGCGACGACCCCAUUUGCGAAAUCGCAACCAGACGAGCGACAUAUUCGGGAGAACAUCCCGCUCAGCUCUAUGCGGGAUGAAGACCCUCGCGAGGCUCUGUUGAAAUACGCUGAUCAGGCUAAGAAGGAUCCGAUAUUCACUAAGGCGUGGCAGGAAACUCAGCCGACGACGAUCUAUCGGGAUCUCAGUGAUGAUGAAGAGCCGGAGCCGGAUAGGAAGAAGGCACGUCAUUGA